AUGGUCCUGCCUCCGCCCGACAAGCGCCACGUGUGCCUGACCACCAUCGUGAUCAUGACCAGCAUGGCCUUCAUGGACGCCUACCUGGUGGAGCAGAACCAGGGCCCGCGGAAGAUCGGCGUGUGCAUCAUCGUGCUGGUGGGGGACGUGUGUUUCCUCAUCGUGCUGCGGUACGUGGCGGUCUGGGUCGGCGCCGAGGUCCGCACGGCGCGCAGGGGAUACGCCAUGAUCCUCUGGUUCCUCUACAUCUUCGUCCUGGAGAUCAAACUCUACUUCGUUUUCCAGAAUUGCAAAGCGGACCGCAAGAGUCUGGAGACGGUAGCACGGAAAGCAUUGACGUUGCUGCUGUCGGUGUGCGUGCCGGGUUUGUACUUGGUCCUCGUGGCGUUGGAUAGUAUGGAGUACGUGAGGACUUUUCGCAGGAAGGAGGACAUGCGUAGUCGUUUGUUCUGGGUCGCUCUGGAUCUUUUGGACCUUCUAGACAUCCAGGCGAACCUUUGGGAACCCCAGCGAACAGGGCUGCCUAUCUGGGCCGAGGGGCUGAUGUUCUUCUACUGCUACAUCCUCCUCCUCAUCCUACCGUGCGUUUCUUUGAGCGAGAUUAGCAUGCAAGGCGAGCACAUGUCGCCGCAGAAGAUGAUGCUCUACCCGGUCUUGAGUCUGGUCACCAUCAACAUCGUGACCAUCCUCAUCCGCGGGGUCAACAUGGUUCUGUUCCAGGACAGCCGGGUAUCCACCAUCUUCGUGGGGAAGAACGUGGUGGCGAUCGCGACCAAGGCCUCCACUUUCUUGGAGUACCGUAAGCAGGUGAAGGAGUUCCCUCACCCGCAGAACGCCAUGGCUCUGGAGCUGCAGCAGAACUCGGUCACACAUCCGCAGCCGCUGCCCAACGCCACCAGCCUGCCCCACGAACCCACGCCGGCUCAGGACGUCCUGGACUCAUGA